GCGGGGAAAAAAUGGUUGCACCACGUGACUCCCCCAUCUAAAAAAAAUUUCCAAGAUGGCGGAACCCGUCACGGGCUGAGUCCGUCGGUGGCGCGCUCCGCGCCGGGGGGGCCAUCGCCGCGCAGCGUCCUCGCCUCGCCCGCAGCCCAGGUUCCCAUUUUAAAAGCUAUUGGAAGACACUCUGCCACCCUCUUGGAUUACUUCCCAUACGACUCAGCAUGUCACUGUGCCCUGGAUUUUAUAAGGUGGCCAUGAUUUAAUCCCCACUUCCCACUCCUAUGUAUUGGUGAAGCACUGGAGCUCUUUUGAGCUGCUGUUACUCCCGUGGGAACUGAUCUGUCUCCAAUCCCUUCUCCCAAGGACUAGACAUUGCCAGCAAUGAGCUCCCAAAGCCAUCCAGAUGGGCUUUCUGGCAGAGACCAGCCAGUGGAGCUGUUGAAUCCACCUCGAGUGAACCACAUGCCGAGCUCUGUUGACGUGAGCACAGCCCUGCCCUUGCAAGUGGCGCCGAGCUCGGUGCCCAUGGACCUGCGGCUGGACCACCAGUUCUCCAUGCCGGUGACGGAGCCCACGCUGCGGGAGCAGCAGCUGCAGCAGGAGCUGCUGGCCCUCAAGCAGAAGCAGCAGAUCCAGAGGCAGAUCCUGAUCGCAGAGUUCCAGCGGCAGCACGAGCAGCUCUCUCGGCAGCAUGAGGCGCAGCUGCACGAGCACAUCAAGCAGCAGCAGGAGAUGCUGGCCAUGAAGCAUCAGCAGGAGCUGUUGGAGCACCAGAGGAAGUUGGAGCAGCACCGGCAGGAGCAGGAGCUGGAGAAGCAGCACCGAGAACAGAAACUGCAGCAGCUGAAAAACAAAGAGAAAGGGAAAGAGAGUGCAGUGGCAAGCACAGAAGUGAAGAUGAAACUGCAGGAAUUCGUGUUAAACAAGAAGAAGGCUCUGGCCCACCGGAAUCUCAACCACUGCAUAUCCAGCGACCCUCGCUUCUGGUACGGGAAGACCCAGCACAGCUCUCUGGACCAGAGCUCCCCACCCCAAAGCGGCGUCUCCGGCACCUACAACCACCCAGUCCUGGGCAUGUACGAUUCCAAAGACGACUUCCCACUCAGAAAAACAGCCUCUGAGCCCAACCUGAAGCUGCGCUCCAGACUAAAGCAGAAGGUGGCUGAGAGGAGGAGCAGCCCCCUCCUGCGCAGGAAGGACGGGCCCGUGGUGACGGCGCUCAAGAAGCGCCCGCUGGACGUCACAGGUACGGCGGACUCUGCAUGCAACAGUGCUCCUGGAUCUGGUCCCAGCUCUCCGAACAACAGCUCCAACAACAUCAGCACCGAGAAUGGAAUUGCAGGAUCAGUCACGAGUAUCCAGGCAGAGACCAGCCUGGCUCACAGGCUCGUGAACCGCGAGGGCUCCGUGACGCAGCUCCCGCUCUACACCUCGCCCUCCCUGCCCAACAUCACACUAGGACUGCCUGCCACCGGCCCUUCCAGCGCGGGACAAGCGCAGCAGGACGCGGAGAGGCUCGCAAUCCCAGCCUUACAGCAGAGGAUCUCCUUAUUCCCUGGCACUCACCUCACUCCCUACCUGAGCACUACAACGUUGGAGAGGGAUGGGGGAACUGCACACAACCCUCUCCUGCAGCACAUGGUCCUACUGGAACAGCCAACUGCACAAACGCCCCUGGUCACAGACUGGUAUCUUUCAGGACUGCCCCUGCACGCACAGCCCCUGGUGGGUGGAGACAGGGUCUCCCCUUCGAUCCACAAGCUGCGGCAGCACCGCCCGCUCGGGCGCACCCAGUCUGCUCCCCUGCCCCAGAACGCCCAGGCCCUGCAGCAGCUGGUGAUCCAGCAGCAGCACCAGCAGUUCCUGGAGAAACACAAACAGCAGUUCCAGCAGCAGCAGCUGCACAUCAACAAGAUCAUCUCCAAGCCGGCCGAGCCGGCGCGGCAGCACGAGAGCCACCCCGAGGAGACGGAGGAGGAGCUGCGGGAGCACCAGGCGCUGCUGGAGGAGCCCUACGGCGAGCGGGCCGCGGGCCAGAAGGAGCCCGCGGGGCUGGCCAGCGUGGUGCAGGUCAAGCAGGAGCCCAUCGAGAGCGACGAGGAGGAGGCAGAGCCGCAGCAGGAGCUGGAGCCCGGGCAGAGGCAGGCGGAGCAGGAGCUGCUCUUCCGCCAGCAAGCCCUGCUCCUGGAGCAGCAGCGGAUUCACCAGCUGAGGAACUACCAGGCGUCGCUGGAGGCGGCUGGCAUGCCCGUGUCCUUCGGGGGACACCGGCCCCUGUCCCGGGCACAGUCCUCCCCUGCCUCAGCCACCUUCCCCAUGUCCGUGCAGGAGCCACCCACUAAGCCAAGGUUCACAACAGGCCUUGUGUACGACACCUUGAUGCUGAAGCACCAGUGCACCUGUGGAAACACCAACAGCCACCCUGAGCACGCAGGCAGGAUCCAGAGCAUCUGGUCCAGGCUUCAGGAGACGGGGCUGCGGGGCAAGUGUGAGUGCAUCCGUGGCAGAAAGGCGACGCUGGAGGAGCUGCAGACGGUUCACUCGGAAGCCCACACACUGCUCUACGGCACAAACCCUCUGAACAGGCAGAAACUGGACAGCAAGAAGCUUCUAGGUUCCCUAACGUCGAUGUUUGUCAGGCUGCCUUGCGGUGGUGUCGGGGUCGACAGUGACACAAUUUGGAACGAGGUGCACUCGUCGGGCGCCGCUCGCCUGGCCGUGGGCUGUGUCAUCGAGCUGGUGUUCAAAGUGGCCACAGGAGAGCUGAAGAAUGGAUUUGCUGUUGUCCGGCCCCCGGGUCACCACGCAGAGGAGAGCACACCCAUGGGUUUCUGCUAUUUUAACUCUGUGGCAAUUGCAGCCAAGCUGCUCCAGCAAAGGCUCAACGUGAGCAAAAUCCUCAUUGUGGACUGGGAUGUCCACCAUGGGAAUGGUACUCAGCAGGCCUUCUACAACGACCCCAAUGUCCUUUACAUCUCACUCCAUCGCUAUGAUGAUGGCAACUUCUUCCCAGGCAGCGGCGCUCCAGAUGAGGUUGGCACAGGAGCAGGAGUUGGUUUCAAUGUUAACAUGGCAUUUACUGGUGGUCUGGAUCCGCCCAUGGGAGACACGGAAUAUUUAACUGCCUUCAGGACAGUAGUGAUGCCCAUUGCCAACGAGUUUGCCCCAGAUGUUGUGCUGGUGUCAUCUGGUUUCGAUGCUGUGGAAGGGCACCCCACACCCCUGGGAGGAUAUAAUCUGUCAGCAAAAUGCUUCGGGUACCUGACGAAGCAGCUGAUGGGCCUGGCCGGGGGCCGCGUCGUGCUGGCCCUCGAGGGUGGCCACGACCUCACGGCCAUCUGCGACGCCUCGGAGGCUUGUGUGUCUGCCCUGCUGGGAAACGAGCUUGACCCUCUUCCAGAGAAGGUUUUCCAGCAGAGAGCAAAUGCUAACGCGGUGCAUUCCAUGGAGAAGGUCAUCGAGAUCCACAGCAAGUACUGGCAUUCCCUGCAGCGUUUUGCCUCCACGGUGGGAUAUUCCCUGGUGGAGGCCCAGAAGUGUGAGAACGAGGAGGCAGAGACAGUGACGGCCAUGGCAUCGCUGUCGGUGGGUGUGAAGCCGGCGGAGAAGAGACCUGAGGACGAACCCAUGGAAGAGGAGCCUCCCCUGUAGCACCCACCUUCGAGCUGGAGUUCUCCUGUCUGUUCGUCUUCGUCUUGAAGCUCUGCCAAGAAGCUUUCUCUUGUUACUCCUGCGUCCUGUCACGGUUAUUUCCCGAACACGGAAGGACAGCCAGGUGUAAAGCAAAGCAAGCGACACAAAAAACAAAUCUCUCUGCAUCUUUGAGUCUCUUUUUGCUGACAAAAACGCUGGUGAAGAGCAGCAAAGGACUGACGCGUUGGGCACUCUUCCUCUGGUCCUCACUGGGAGCAGAAAGAGGAACGAUGCCUGGGAAGUCUUUGGCAGAAUUGCCAAACAAAAACGAAACGCGAGAAUGAUAAAGAAAUCAAAGAUUCAACAACACAAAUCAAACAAACCUUAACAUAAAACUGGUGCUUACAAAGUUGAUUACCCACAACUGAGCAAUCUCCGCUUGAACCACUCAACCCAUUGUGUACUUUCAUUUCUUGGAUAUUUGGAAAUGGCUUUUGCCUGCCUGUGAGUCAGCAGCAGCUCUUGUCGGAACUGGAACGUUGGGAGAUGAUGGUGAAUUUUUAACGGGGAGGGACAGGGAAUGAGGGACUCAUCUGACACCUAAAGCAAAGGGAAGCAGAAGGGGGGAACGGUAGCCCAGAUGGAGUCGGCUUUAUUGUCUCCAAAGCCAUCUGAAGAUGAGUUUGUGCCUUUUUUUUUAAUUGAUGGAUUUGGUGCAGCUGGAUUUUCUGAAGUUUGAGGAACAAUGCCUUAAGUAAAAAUUAAUUAAAAAAAACAAAACACACAUGAAAAAAAAAAAAAAGAAAAAGAAAAAAAAAAUAACACAGCAGUUCCUGAAUAUUUUUCCUCUGGUUGGGAAAGCCAAGGACUGCCAUCAGGAAGGAAGACUUUUUGGCUUGUGCUGGCAUGAUGGUGGGAAGCAGGCAUCAGCUGAACAGAGCGUCUCCAAAAACUGUCGACAAGUUUGGAUUUGUUUUGUUUUCUUUCAUUGCUGUUUCAGAGAAAAGGAAAAAAGAAAAAAAAAAUUAAGGUAGUUGCCAAAAAAGUGGCAAAUACUGUUGGGUCUUUGAAAUUCAACCAUUUUUAACAACCAAUUUUCAAAUGUUUUCUCUCUCUUCUACAUUAUCUAGCAAUUGAACUUACCAAUUUGGUUGUUGAAGCAUGUAUUAGACACAAAUGCAGGUUUUAAGACUGGAAUGCUUUUUAUUAAAAGCAACUAGCAUGAGAUAUUGCUUAAAUUGUUAGGUAUAAAUAUAUAUAUGUGUAUAAUGUAUAUUCCAAAUGUAUUCCAAGCUUAGAAACCGGAUUCCUAUGAAUUAUUGAGAAGAAUAUUUAUGAUGCAUUUAUAGAAAAAAGAAAACAAAUAUAUGUAAUAAAUGCAUACUCUAACAGUAGCCAUUGGAAGCUCCCUAGGGACAGAUUUGGGAAUUGGAACGUCAAAGGUGCUUUUGGAAAAGGAUCUAGGUUGAAACUCGAGGACUUGUCAGGUGACAGGUUGGGAAGUUUUUCAGAAAGCCAACACUUUAGCCACUGGGCAACUACCCUAAACAUUUGUAUUUUAAUUUAAGGUUUUUAGUUGUGAUCCUUUUCUAACAAACAUGAGAAAAAAAAGUUUUUUAUAGCAAAGACGCUGAAUUUGCUGUUAAUUUUUAUAUGGAUAUUUCCCAAAACCCUCCAGAAGCCUUGUUUGUGUGACUCUGACAUUUCUUUUCCAUUUGGCAGGUUUCCUUUCUGAACGGCAAUAGCAUCUAAACCUUUCUUCCUCCCUCUUUUCUUGCUUUAUGAUACAUGGAUUUUCCUUUUAUUUUCUUAUUUUAAUUUUUUUUUUCUCUGUAUUGUUUUCUCUCCUUUUCCUCAACUCUUUUGUACAGUGAGCAGCUUUCUGCAGGUGUAAGGAACUGUGGGCAGACCAACAGAGGUUGUUUUUUUCCGGGAAAGGGCGCAUUUUACCGAGGAGGAGGAGGAUGAGGGACCGCCAUGGGCUCCUUUGUUGUACUGAUUCCGCCAACUGUAUAUUUCCUCAGCUCUCUUGUAGUAGCUCUGUAAAGAAAAUAAGGAAUUUUCUUACCUGGUAGUGUUCAGUGGGCGAUGCCUUUGUCCUGCCCGCGGCUCCUGGCGCUGCCUGCCCUCGGGAAGGCUCCUUGGAUACUCCAGGACCGCCGGUGUUUUCUCUCUGCCGGACAUGCCCGCAAACUCCCCGGCUCCUCUCUCCCUCUUUUUCUCCCCUCUUCUUCUUCUUCCUGAUGCUGGGAGGGGUUUUGGAGGCUUUUUUUUUUUUGCCCCCCCCCACCCCAGGAGGUCAUUGCCUCCCGGGAAUGCCGGGUGGGAGAGGCUGCGAGCCCCAUCACAGAGCGUGGAGUGUCUUCGGGAGACAGCGCUCCCUGCGUGCCUUCCUCCAUAGGAAGCAUAGGACAGCACAUCCCUCUUCCCAGCACAGCUUCUCCUUAACCACCCUUCCUUCAUUUAUCCUGCUCCCAUGGUGACUGGUGGGGUUGCUUCCAGUAACUUCUCUUCUUUCCAGUUCUCGAAGCAGCCGCUUUCGUUCCGUUCAGGACUCACUCGUGGGAGGAAUCGGGAGCAUGACCCCAUGCUGGAGGCUUUUGUUUCCUUCCUCAAUUUCUAGCACAGUUUCAGAACCAGACACUACAGUAUUUGAGUUGUGCAAACCCAAGUACGUCCUAAAACCCCAAAAAGCUCCAGUGGCAAGGCCUGUCCUCGGCAUAUCCUAAAAAUCCCCCCGUGUGAGAGCACCACAUACCCGGGGAUGUUGUGGUUUGGGUUUUCUUCCCUCUGACCACGCUGCUGCUGUGAUCUCAAAUCCAUCCGACUGCCGAAUUUGGUGACAGAUGUGAGGUUUUGCUCCCUGUGCCAUGGGCAGUGCCUGUGUUUACACCUCCCUUUGUGUUGUCAGCUCUUCCCCGGAAGGUUUUUGACAUUUCUGCUCCCGGUUGUGGCAAAGCUUUUUCCUUCCUUUUUGCUCUCCCGGGAGCUGCCGGCUGACUGUGCUGAGCCGGUUCCUUUGGAAAAUCUGGAGGAGCAUGUUGGGAUGACACCUUCCUUCCUUCCUUCCUUCCUUUCCCUCAGCUUUUUGCCGGGAUGGGAAGAUUUUUCCCAAGAUGACAGAGCUCGUCUCCUCCAUACUCCCGGCAAUGUGGAUUUGUUUCGCAGCAUCCCCCUUUUCCCUGGGAACGCUCUUCCCUGGGCUGUGACCUUCCCUGGGGAUGCUCUUCCCCGGGGAUGCUUUCCAGGGCCAGUGCAGGCACGGAGGGAAAGGAGGGAGCCCUCGUUUUGAGGCUCUCCAGGGGGAUUUUUCACCUUUUUGAGCCAUUAAGCUUUCCAUUUCAGAUGACUUUGCCACAGGGGCGGCCGUGCCAGCGGGGUGGGAGCCCGGGAUGCUCCCACAUCCCGGCAUGUGCUGCCCAGGGCAUCCUUUAUACCUGCUUGGGAAGAAAAGCAACAUCUUUCAAUCCUCUUUACAGUGAAGUGAGGCCCAGUUUGCAGUACACAAGUAACCAUUGGGGGUUUUUUGGUUGGUGGUUUUUUUUUGUUUGGUUGGUUGUUUUUUUUGUUGGGAUUUUUUUUUACUUUCGAUACAAAACAUUCCUUUUUUUAUUAGUCACGGUCAUGUACUCAUUCCAUUCUUCCUUUUGUAAACUUUUUUGGGCCCAUGUUCUUUUACGGGCAUUGAUAUAUAUAAAUAUAUAUAUAAAUAUAUAUGAAUAUAUUUUUUUAAGUUUCCUACACCUUGAGGUUGCAUGGUCUGUAAGGUUGGCAUGUCUUUAUAUUGUAUACAGAUUUUGCACGCCAAACUUGGCAGCUUUGAAAACGAUAAUGAGAAAAAGAAAACAAAAACAACAAAAAAAAAAAAAGAGGUGGUUUGGGGUUUCUUUGGGUUGGUUUUUGUUUUGGUUUGGUUUUAUAUUGUUUUGUUUUUUUUUUUUCUCUCGUGGCAUUUGUGGAGACUAAAGGUUGGGAUGUUGUUGUCACACACACUCACUCACCCACACAGCUACACACCAAGGAAGAAGAGUGGGAAUUCUUUUUUUAUUUUUUUUGGAGUCUUACUGAACUUAAUAAGAAGAAAUUGUGCUUUUUAUUGUUAAAAAGAGUAAAUAAAUAAAAAAACAAAAAGGACUACUUAAACAUUUCUCAUUUUAAGAAGAAAAGAAAAAACUAAGAUGUUUAUCUAGCACUUGUGACUUACCAAUAAUAGAGUUUAUUGUAUUUAUGUGGAAACAGUGUUUUUAGGGAAACUACGCCGAACACACCAAGUAAACUGCCUGUGUCAUUAUUAUUAUUGUUAUUAUUAUUAUUUUCCUUUGGGUUGGUGUUUUUGCUUUGAUUUCUCGGCUGGGUGGGGAGGUUGGAUGCAACCCUUGUGUCAACACACAGAGUCAUUCAUUCCGAGGAGCCGGACAGAUGGAUGGAUGGAUGAGGAGGACUUUAAAGAGUUAACUCUUCAGCACAGCUGCGUUAACUUUUUUAAGAAAUUACUUUUACAUGAUGUAUUUUUGCUCGGUUUCACUUUAAGCAGUCGUGUACUGUGCAACACUGUGGUUUAAAAACGAGACUUUACAGCAAGAGGCAAAACGUGUUUCUUCAUUGUCAUGAAGUUGGGCUCGUUCUCAGCUCAUCUUCAUUUUGUCUUUGAUAUUGAUGAUGAAAAAGAAAAAAAAAGUAUCCUAUUGAAAGAAAAUAAAUUAACACUUUUUCUGUGCUCCAUAGUGGAGGCGCUAUUUUCCAAUUUAUGAGGAUGACAAACUUAUAUAUAUAAUAUAUAUAUAAAAGUGGGGGUGGGGAGGGGGGGAAGGGGUUGAAACAUUAUUCACCCGAGAGCUUAUUACAGAUAUGUAGUAUCAAAAAGUUGUAACGAUAUUAUAUUCUACUUUAUACCUAUACAUGCUCAGUAUGACGUCACCAUUGGUAGCAGCUACCGGUUUACGCUGUAAUUUAGACACAAUUUCACUCUUCUUGUAUGGACCCUACUUUCAGUGAUGGUAGCAUUCUUUGUGCUCGACUUUCCGACGGUCCUUUCUUUUAAACUGGUGGAGUUGGAUUGUUUUUCUCAUUCUUGUUUUUUCUUUCUUUGUUUUUAUUUUAUUUUUAUUUCAUUUUUCUCUUUUCUCUUUAUUUUGUUUGGGGUUUUUUUGUUUGGUUGGUUUUUUCUUUCUUUUUUUUUUUUUUUUACUGGCCAAUGGUGUCUUUCUCUGACAGUACCGACUUCAAUUUCAACUUUAUUAGGAGUCCAGUAUUUUGUACCACAUUAUGACAACUUGUUAUUCUUGUGGUGUAAAUAAAAGAAAAAAGUUAAUUAUAGUAC